AUCAAUCAUCAUAACUAAGUUGCAGGGAUUGAAUCAAAAACAGAACCCUUUUCAGCUGAGUCCUCGACAAUUAUUCUUCAAAUAUAUACUACCUUGUUUAAGAAACUCUACCUUCAUUUUGCCUCGAAAAUAUUCUUGCUUAGACAUACUUGGAGAGGGAAAAAGUUUAUCAUGGCAGGAGAAAUUGAAUCAAUGGCAUCUAACAUGAGAAGCAAGAUGAGAUGUGAUACUAUAAGUUCAUCCACGCCUUGCAUCUUCAGGAUUCCUAACAUAUUUCGCAGGCACAAUAAGGAAGCAUACAUCCCCAACGCGUUUUCAAUCGGGCCUUUUCACCAUGGAAGGGAUGCUGGAGUGGUUCAGAAAGGCGAAAAUGAUCCUAUUUUCUCUACUUCCUGUAUGCUUCAGUUCUUAUACCAUGGCUUGAUUUUGCUGGAAAAUCAAAUACCUUGGUUUGUGCUUGAGCUUCUGUUUAGCUUAACAAGUGAUUCGUUUGAAACCAAGCCCUUACUUCAACUCGCCUUGGUUUUCUUCGACAACAUUUUUUCAGCUGAGAAAUCUCCUAUACAACUAGAUCUCUUCGCCAAUCAAGAAAUCCAGCACAUUCUUGAUUUGAUAAGAAGUUCUUUGGUGUUGCCACUUGGAGAGCAGCAAGGCCAAGAAGAGUCAUCUGUAUCAUGCCGGCCUAUUUCUUCUGCCACCAGCAUCAAAGAAUCUGGAAUCAGUUUCAGGACAUCCUUACUUCAACUCGCCUUGGUUUUCUUCGACAACAUUUUUUCAUAUGAGAAAUCUCCUAUACAACUAAAUCUCUUCGCCAAUCAAGAAAUCCAGCACAUUCUUGAUUUGAUAAGAAGUUCUUUGGUGUUGCCACUUGGAGAGCAGCAAGGCCAAGAAGAGUCAUCUGAAUCAUGGCGGACUAUUCCUUCUGCCACCAGCAUCAAAGAAUCUGGAAUCAGUUUCAGGACACGUGAUUCUGCUCUUCUUCUUCCCGCUGCAACCCGAAACAAAAAAAAAAAAGGAACCAAGCUGCUGGCAACAAUUUUCUUGAGUAAACCGGUAGAAAGCUUGGAUAUUUCUCCUUCUUUUCUUGUUCUAGGACUGAAAUUAAACCCAGAAAUCUUCCCCCCGCAGAAAAAUCCGGGUUCUGCUCUGCUCUAUUUCUUCCAUCUGUUGCUCCUGCUUUGUUGGGGCGAAUUGGUCUGGUUUCUGAUCCGUGAGUUUCCCCUGCAGAUCCCAUCGGCUUCCCCAACCCGCCAGCUCUAAUUUUGCUUGCUAGAAAAAUUGUGAUUUUGUGGUAUCAAAUUGUGGCGUGACAGCUAUACUCUUGGACAACCUUAUCAACAAUGAAGAGGACAUGGAAGAACUCGGCAAGAGUGGGAUUCUUAUCAACUGGCUUAACCCGCAUGACACCACACCGUUCUUUAAGAUGCUAUACCAUGAUACUUUUGUGAAAGAGUUUUAUUACUGGAAGCUUUGCUGGGAAGUGAAUGAAUAUCAGCAGAAAUU